UGUGAUUUAAUUCUAUGUGAGGGAUGUAAAAUUAAGAUUCACACAAAAAUAUUGAAAAAUGAAGUUCACCAGGUGCUUGAUCUGAAAGAAUUCAGUAACUUAGGGGCAAGUGAAACUAUUCGUCAUUUAGAUCUAAAAGAUAUUCAGUGUUCAAUUCAUAAUGCUGAAGAAUGCAUUAUUUAUUGUGAGGAUUGUAAAGUGUUGCUGUGUGCCAUCUGUCUACUAGAAUCCCAUAGAAAUCAUAAUCUGACAAAAAUCAAGGAAGUGUAUCAUAAGAAGGUAAAAGAACUGCAGGAGUUGGAUAGUAAACUUUGUGAGGAGUUGCUGUUCUAUACUGACCUUGAAAAGGAACUGAUACAGAUUUCAUCUGUCGAAAAUGAUCAAUACACAGACAUAAAACAAAGAAUCUUGAAAAAGGAAAGUGAACUUAAAGAAAAUAUCACAAAACAAAGAGAGAAUCUCAUCACAAAAUUAGACAAGCUGUGGAAGCCAAGAGAAGGAGAAAUAUCAAGACAGUUGAAGGAUGCUAAAGAAAAAUAUGAUGCCCUUGCAAGAACCAGCGCUCAAAUUGAAGAGACAUUCCAAUCCCACAAUGCAACAGCUAUUUUUACAGCUUCUGGAAAACUGAACAAUGAUUUACCUUCCAGACCAGUGAAUACGUCAAUAUCAGAACAAAAAUUAAUAUUUUCAGAAACAAGAAAUCUUGAUUAUAAUAAAGAAGUCUUUGGGUCAACAUUAACCAUUCCAGAGUGCAAAAUCGCUGGAAGAUUUACAUCAGAUACAAAAGAUAGCAUCUACAAAAUUCAAACUUUUGAAAAUAAUACAAAUAUCUUAUCUUCAACAAACAAAAUAACCAUCAAAUCGUUUGAACUCAAAGAUGCAAAGUGUAUCACUACAAGUAUAGCAAAAGAUAAAGAAGUAACUAUUAUUGACAUGACAAAAACAUCGGAUGAUAAAUUACUGUUCACGGUUGCUGCACCAGAAAUUAGAUGCCUAUCGACUUUCAAAGGGGACAGUAAAAUUGAAACAUUCACAUCUAUCUGGCCACUUAUUGCCAGAGGAAUUCAUGCUACUGAUAUAAACAUUCUAGUUGGAUUUAGAGAGCACGGAAGUAAUUUCCCACUUCAAAACGAAAGCAGAAGAGGAAUACUUGUAUAUGAUUAUAACUGUAGACAUAUGAGAACAUAUGAGUAUGACACAAACAAUCAGAGAUUAUUUACCUUACCAGAUACAAUAUCAACCAAUAUAAAUGAGGAUAUUUGUGUAAUAGAUCAUGUUAAUACCAUGUGGGAAGGGAGGGUAGUUGUCAUUGGUUUGUAUGGGAAUCUUAAAUGGACAUAUAAGGGGCAGCCUAGUAUCAACUCUGAAUUCAAUUUUGCACCUAUUGACCUAAUUACAACAAAAGAAGGGUUAAUAUUAGUGUCAGAUAGAAACAGCAAUGCUGUUCACAUGUUAUCUAUGGAAGGUUGUCUAGUCACUAGUUUGAAUAAAAAUCAUGGUAUUGAGAAACCUUUGGCUCUAAAUAUAGAUCAAAAGGGCCAGUUACAAAUAGGAUGUUCUAGUAAAGGAGCAAAAGAUGGGCUUAGUAAAUUAUAUACAGUAGAUGUUUCUUUCUAAAGAAAACUCAAAGGGGCCUUUUAAAGUCAUGCAUCCGACAUGUGAAUUAUACUUUAUUCAUGUCAAAUAAAUAGCUCUAUUGAAUUUUGCCGUUUAAAAAUCCCAUCACAUUUAUAGAAUAUGGAAGCUAGCUGGUUUCAAACCAACUAUAGACAUUAACAUGAAUGCUCCUUCGAAUAUCAACUUAUCAUUGUGGAUACUUUCGUUUUCAACCGUUCCUAUAGCUAUAUAUAUA